GUAUGUAUGUAUGUAUGUAUGUAUUUAAUCCGGUAAGACCGAGCAACACUAUAAUGGUGCACAGCUGCAUGGAACAGGGUAUUUCCGUGACGUCAGAGCAGAAUGUUGGCACGGCACGCAGAGCUAAUGGGAAGGCAGCAGUCACUAUUCAGCACUUGAUUCCAAACCUGUGUGCGUGUAGCAGGGACCUGUAGGACACAUGUAUGCAUCAUUCAGGAGGCGCUUGCUUUUUCUGUAGAGCUUUUGGUCCUGUGCCACAAUACGAUAAUCACCCCUAGACAAGAGGGGUUUGUAAUUAGCUCUCGACUUGAUUAGAGGGAGACACUUCUAAUCCUAUCACGACAGAGGAGAAUCCACAUCACUGCGCCCUGCAGGAGUCGGCCAGAUUCCAGAACGGUGAUUUAACCCUGAAGACCGAAGGAGAGCGCAGCCCUGUCGCUGUCCCACAGCAGCUCCUCCUCGUGCCCGCGGAUGGAGAAGUACGAGAAGAUGGGGAAGAUCGGGGAGGGCUCGUACGGGGUCGUGUUCAAGUGCAGGAACAGAGACACGGGACAGAUCGUGGCCAUCAAGAAGUUCGUAGAGUCCGAAGAUGACCCUGUCAUUAAGAAGAUCGCCCUGAGGGAAAUCCGGAUGCUGAAGCAACUGAAGCACCCGAACCUGGUGAAUCUGAUCGAGGUGUUCCGACGCAAGCGGAAGCUGCACCUGGUGUUCGAGUACUGCGACCACACCGUGCUGAACGAGCUGGACCGCUACCCCAGAGGGGUACCCGAGCACCUGGUGAAGAGUAUAACUUGGCAGACGCUCCAGGCCGUAAACUUCUGCCACAAACAGAACUGCAUUCACAGGGAUGUGAAGCCGGAGAACAUCCUCAUCACCAGACACCAGGUCAUUAAACUGUGUGACUUCGGAUUUGCCAGGAUACUGACCGGCCCCUGUGAUUACUACACAGACUACGUUGCGACGCGCUGGUACCGGGCCCCAGAGCUGCUGGUCGGGGACACACAGUACGGGCCCCCUGUGGAUGUCUGGGCCAUCGGCUGCGUCUUCGCAGAGCUGCUCUCUGGCGUCCCCUUGUGGCCGGGCAAAUCGGACGUGGACCAGCUCUACCUCAUCAGGAAAACACUGGGUGAUCUCAUUCCCAGGCAUCAGCAGGCGUUCAGUACUAACCAGUUCUUCAGUGGAGUCAGCAUCCCUGUGCCAGACAACAGGGAACCUUUAGAAUUGAGAUUCCCGGGUGUUUCUUCCCAGGCGCUGGGGUUAAUGAAGGGCUGUCUGCGGAUGGACCCAGCGGAGAGGCUGGCGUGUGGGCAGCUCUUGGAGCACCCGUACUUCGACAGCCUGCGCGAGGACAGUGAGGCAGCGGCGGCGGGGAGGGAGCAGGAGCGUGCCACCAAGAGGAGGGCCAGGCUGCCACGCAAACACCUCCCGCCCGGGUAUUUGCCUCAGCUCACCGGCAGCAACAUAUUCCCAUCGUCGGACAAUAAGAAACACAGCAACCUGCGGAAAUUCAAUUACCACUUUCCCAACAUCUAACCUCCACGUGUCGGAGCCUGAAGAACAGGACACCUUCAGGGACUCGGGAGGGGUGGAAAACGAGCGAGGCAGGUGUAGACAAGCACCUACUGCAAAAACUAAAAAAACAACAACACAAAACAAAAGCUGUUGAGUUUUUCCAGUGCAGUGAGACCAGUGAAGACUGGAGGUUCUAAGUGGAGCUGCAGUCCGAUGGGGUUCUCCUGGGCACUGGUGUUGAUUUAUUUUCUCCUUGAUGUAAUGAUUUCUUUCUUCUUUCUUUGUGUGUCUGUACACAAGGUACUCUACACACAGUUCCGCUGAUACAUUUCUUACCCGACACGCUGGGCAAAGCAGAACCAUACUGCCUUCAACUGAUCUACUUGCAGUGCAGUGCGUCAGCUGAAGUUUGCCAAUCGAUACUUCUAAUGUAUUUUUAUGCACCGCAUGGGCAUACCUCUGCUCAGUGUUCAAAAGGGUCCUAAUAGGAACCAUGACAAGGGCUUCAUGAUCAUGUGAAACAAGACUGCAGAAGUUGAUCAAAUCAACCUCCUUGUAUGCCGUGUCAGCUCAACCCCUUGGAUAGUCACAUGGGCUUGCCUUGUCUUUCUGUGCAAACACAAACCCGCUUCCUCACAUUUCAGUUGCCUUGUUGGCUAUUUUAUAGGGAAACAAAAAGCCUUGCCAUGUGACAGCUGGGGAUGCACACACAAAAUGCAUUAUACCACUAUGAGGACUUUUACUGCGCAAUAAAAUACAGACUUUUGGAUUAAGAAACUCAAAGUUUCUGAAUCCUCCCCAGCACUCGGUCCUGCCUGAAUGCAGCCCUCUGUCAGGGAGAAGAGUGAGAAGAAGCUGCUGCCUCUGUUUAUCUGUGUGUCACAUGGCCAGGGCUGCAAACUGGGAUUAUUACAUUUGUUCUUGGUUUUUAGGACCACAACAUGCCAAAUUAAAAAAAAAAUAAUAAUAAUAAAUCACAUUAAUAUUAUUUAUUAUUAUUUUUAGCAAAUCCACUCAAAUCGUAGACUUCGGAUUUGCCCAACUUGUGUAAUUUUUGUAUGGAGUAAUUUUAAAAACGAGGUAUCAAAUACAAAUAUUGAAUAUAAAAAAUAAAACCGCUUGUAAAGUGCUUUAUUAAAUUUGUGUUGAAACAG